AUGGCGGCCGACCUCUAUAAUGGAACUCUUUCAGAUAGAACACAUCCCCUGAAAAUAUUCGAUGCUGCCAAGAGUCAAGAUAGAUUUCUCAACGUCUCAGCUCCCAUGGUGAGGUAUAGCAAGCUCGCUUUCCGUCAAACCGUUCAUGAAUAUGCUACCGAUCUCUGCUGGACACCCAUGAUCCUGUCGAAAGAGUUCAACCGCAAUAACUUUGCCCGGGACAGUGAUCUCACAAUAUCCACCCGUGGAGUUCAGCCUCCCACGAUAGUUCAAUUUGGCGCAAACAGCCCUCUCGAGCUCGCCCGCUCAUCAUCUCUUGCCGCCCCUUUUGUCAACGGUGUCGAUCUCAACUGUGGGUGCCCACAGUCAUGGGCUUGCGCAGAGACUCUUGGUGCCGCUCUUAUGGAGCAGCGCGAACUCGUACGAGAUAUGGUCAUUGAGACUCGUCAACGCUUGGCUAGUGACGGUUGGCACGUUGGCAAGGAGCGGGAUAUCGACAGUCCAAAGGGAAGGAGCGUCAGCGUCAAGAUCCGUGUGCACAAGGACUUGAGGCGAGUGCCCCUUAACCCUGAGCUUCUCGCUCACAUCCUCUCGGGAACCACGAUGGACUUUAUCGACACCGUCAUUGGCAACCCCCUGAACCGUAAUAUCGACUUCCUGACGAUCCAUCCCCGUACCCGUCAUACAGCAUCCACCACCCCUAUUAACACCGAAUCUCUUGGCAUUCUCCUCGAGAAAUACGGUGACACGCUCCCAAUCCUUCUGUCCGGCGAUGUCUUCUCCAUGGCCACGCUACCCCUGUCGACGGUAUCCAAAGCACCAGAAGAACCUUUGGAACCGACACUGAUCAACGGCCAUAAUGGCUAUACGGACUUCACCCCCAGUGGCACCAAGUUGGCAGGUCUCAUGUCUGCGCGGGGUAUCCUCGCAAACCCUGCUCUUUACGCUGGGUUCGAGUCUUGUCCGUGGGAGGCUGUCGAAUGCUUCAUGCGCCACGUCAUUCGUGCCCCGAUGCCAGUGAAGCUCGUUCAGCAUCACCUUCACGAGAUGUGCGGACCAGGUAUGGGGCCGGAUAAGCGUGCUUUGCUGAAUCGACAGGAGAGGGCAGCAUUACUUGCUCUCGAAAAUAUGGUGGACGUGAUAGAUUUCUUGGAUGAUGCGAUCAAUCGCAAGACAGGCAGGACGGAAGGACUUCAUCGAGAGCCGAGACGUAGCUCAACAAUUCAUAUACCAUAA